AUGGGAAAACAGUACAUAUCAACGGUCAGCGCUUCCAAUGCGCAUGAUCUGGAUAUUUUGGGGCUUGAAAUCACCAACAAGUAUACUAUAACCGUGUCGUCAGAUGGGUAUGCCAAAUUCUGGGAUAAUUCACAGGAUGAACUUCAAGAUCCUAAUAGUCUUGUUAAACAAUAUCUUAUUGAGAAAAUGGGAAUUCAUCAUGUGGCAUCUUACCAGAACAUCUUGCCAAACUCAAAUAUACGAAUAGUCAUUCUUGCGUUUGGAUGCUUUGAUGGGACAAUCAGGCUUAAGUACUACAUCAACGACGAUUUGGAUUCACUUCAAGAUGUGAAAUGUCCAGAGUUAGGAAGCUCCACAUAUUGGUGUCCAUCAUUUUACAAAGACCCUGAAUCAAGACAGGACUACUUCGUGGUUACUCAAGCAAGCGGAAAUGUAAGCGUAUUAAAUUUGAAUAUCUCUGCUGCAGAAGAGAAAAUAAGUAUUCUUCUUGAAAGGCAUGGAAACUUGGGAACCGAAGAAAUGUCAUUUCCGAACUCGUUGGCUGUAUCUAAAACAUCAAGCAAAAAAGUUGCAGUUGGAUAUACAAAUGGCGACGUUCUUUUGUAUGAUUUAACAACUUUAAAGCCAAUCUAUACUUUCCCAUCUACUGAUUUGCAAUCUUCAACAAAGUCUUCUAGUUCUAUUGCAAGAGCAUUAGAAUUCUCUCCUGGAGGGAGAUUGUUAGCAGUUUCCCGUGAUAAUCAAUCUGCUGGCUCAAUCACGUUGUAUGAUGUGGACUAUGGUGAAAAUGUGGGAUCUUUGACCACUGCAUCGCACUCUGCAAAGACUGCUAUUGGUGGAUUCGCACAUGAAGGGUGGAUAAUGGGAUUGAGCUUUAAUGAGGAGGGAAACAUGCUCGCAAGUGGUGGUUUUGAUAAGUGUGUUCGGAUUUGGGACUUGGAUUCCCGAGAAAGAGAGGCUACGAUCCAAAUCUCUGUAUCUGAUUUGGAGAAUCCAAAUGAGAACGAUAUGGAUAAUAGCAUUGUUAGCGGAGUCAAAUUUAUCAAGAAAAAUAUUAGAGGAGGACUAGGAGGUGAUAAAAAUGAUGGCAUUUGUAUAAUCAGUUUCGACAGAGGUGUGAGGUGGUAUAGAGAAGCUGGUGGAAUUUAA